CGUCGUCACCGUCCCCGCCUACUUCAACGAUGCCCAGCGUCAGGCCACCAAAGAUGCCGGAAAGAUUGCUGGUUUGGACGUUCUCCGUGUCAUCAACGAGCCCACCGCUGCUGCCCUUGCCUACGGUUUGGACAAGGCCGGUGACCGUGUUGUCGCUGUCUACGAUCUGGGUGGUGGUACGUUCGACAUUUCCAUUUUGGAGAUCCAGAACGGUGUCUUUGAGGUCAAGUCGACCAACGGAGACACUGCUCUUGGUGGUGAGGAUUUUGAUGCUAUGCUCGUCAAGCACGUCGUCGAGGAGUUCAAGAAGGAGCAGGGCUUGGAUCUUUCGAACGACCGCAUGGCCAUUCAGCGCAUUCGUGAGGGUGUCGAGAAGGCCAAGAUCGAGUUGUCUUCAACCCUCCAGACCGAUAUCAACCUUCCCUACAUUACUGCCGACAGCACUGGCCCCAAGCACAUCAACAUCAAGAUGACCCGUACCAAGUUCGAGGCCCUCGCCAAGGACCUCAUUAAUCGUACCAUCGAGCCCUGCCAGAAGGCCAUCAAGGAUGCUGGCGUCCAGUUGAACGAGAUUAACGAGGUCGUACUCGUCGGAGGCAUGUCUCGUGUUCCCAAGGUCAUCGAGACUGUCAAGCAGGUCUUUGGCCGUGAGCCCGGCAAGUCCGUCAACCCCGAUGAGGCCGUCGCUAUCGGUGCCGCCAUCCAGGGAGGUGUCUUGGCCGGCUCCGUCACCGAUAUUCUCUUGUUGGAUGUCACCCCUCUUUCCCUCGGAAUCGAGACCCUCGGAGGUGUCUUCACCCGCUUGAUCAACCGCAACACCACCAUCCCCACUAAGAAGUCUCAGGUCUUCUCGACUGCUGCCGAUGGCCAGACCCAGGUCCAGGUUCGUGUCUUCCAGGGUGAGCGUGAGUUGGUCCGUGAUAACAAGUUGUUGGGCGACUUCAACUUGCACGGCAUUGCCCCCGCCCCCAAGGGUGUUCCCCAGGUUGAGGUCUCCUUCGACAUCGAUGCCGAUGGUAUUGUCAACGUCGGAGCCAAGGACAAGGCCACUGGCCGCGACCAGUCGAUGUCGAUUGUUGCCUCCUCGGGCUUGUCUUCGGAUGAGAUUGAGAAGAUGAUCAAGGAUUCCGAGCUCUUUGCCGACUCUGACCGCAAGAAGAAGGAGCAGAUCGAGGCCACCAACCAGGCCGAGUCUAUCAUCACUGAGACUGAGAAACACAUGAACGACUUCAAGGAUCAGUUGGACUCGACCGAGGCCCAGAAGAUCAAGGACCAGAUCGUCAAGCUGCGUGAUGUUCUUGCCAAGGGCGAGGUUGUCGAGGCCGAGGAGAUCAAGAAGGAGUACACUGACCUUCAGCAGGGAUCGCUCAAGCUGUUCGAGAUGGUUUACAAGCAGAACGCUGCCAAGUCCGCUUCGUCUUCGUCCCAGGACACCACCGUCGAGAACGAGGAGCCCAAGAAGAACUAAGCGCUCGUGGUAGCAGUCUUGCAUCUUUUUCUUUUGUUUCUUAUAUUGCCAUUCCUUUCAACACAUGUAACAUCAGUCAGUCUUUCUCUCACACCCAUCCCUGCCAUAUAAUGUCGCUUUUCUGGUUAUCUUUUUCAUCCUUUUAGACUUUGUUCUCUAGACAGAUAAAAGAAUAGAAUCUCGCUGUAAUUAUCUCUCACAUGCCAUAAUAAAUAGACAUUCAGAAAAACAUAUCGCAAUCGAUGAGAUGAGUUGCUUCGGAAGAAGUUGGGAGGUGCUUGAGGUGCUUUGGAUCAAGGUUUGCUCUGGAUUCAAGGUGAGCUGGAUGAGCAGUCAAGAUUACUCCGCUGUAA